CUGAGGAGAACACCGCCCGGGGGGGCAAGCCCUGAGGAAAGGAGAAACGUGACGGGAUUCAGGACUCGUACUGCUCCUCUCACGGAACCGGGGGCUCCAGCCCGGUUCUGUCCCUGCCGCCCUCGGAGGGCCGCUGAGUGUGAAUUGGACCCCGCGCCUUGGGCGCGGACAGCCUGACGGGGGAUCGGGGCUCCUCGGCCGGCCUGAGAGGAGAAGCGGGGUGGAGGCCAGCGGCGGGUCACUGCGUAGCUCGAGGCAGAGCUGCAGGCGCGACCCUGCUCCUCAGCUCCGGCCUUAAAAUGGCUGGCUCUGCCACCAUUCCCAGCCCCAUGCAGACACUCCAGGAGGAGGCGGUGUGCGCCAUCUGCCUCGAUUACUUCACGGACCCCGUGUCCAUCGGCUGCGGGCACAACUUCUGCCGCGAGUGUGUGACCCAGCUGUGGGGCGGGGACGACGAGGAGCGGGAGGAGGGAGAGUGGGGGGAGGAGGACGAGGACGAGGAGGCGGCGCGGGGUGCCAUCGGCGGAUGGGACAACUCCAUUCGAGAGGUCCUGUACCGGGGGAACGCUGAAGACUUGUUCCGGGACUACGACGACGACGGGCUCUGGUUUGGUGAUGGUGGCGUGAGGAACUGGGACCUGAACUACGGGAGACACCGGGAGGAAGAGGAGGACGAUGGGGACUAUUACCUGGAAGGAGGGUUGAGGCAUGACCUGAGAAUUGCCGUCUAUCCCGAUGACGCGGCCCCGCGACGGGACGAUGGCCGCGAGGACGAGGAGCUGUACCCCGACCGCCGCCCCGCCUCCCCCCCGCGCCCCCCGCAGUUCUCCUGCCCCCAGUGCCGAAGGACCUUCACGCAUCGCAGCUUCCGCCCCAACCUGCAGCUGGCCAACAUGGUCCAGGUCAUUCGCCAGAUGUGUCCCACUAAUUACGGAGGAGGCUGGGGGAACGAGCAGGCCAUCUGCUACAAACACCAGGAAGCCCUGAAGCUCUUCUGCGAGGUGGACAAAGAGGCCAUCUGCGUGGUGUGCCGAGAAUCCAGGAGCCACAAACAGCACAGCGUGGUGCCACUGGAGGAGGUGGAGCAGAACAAGGAGAAAAAAAUGGAGAAACCUGUGAUACUUUGCAUUCCAAGUGCUACUACAACUUUGAGAGGAAAUCAAAGAAUUCCAGGAUUUCAUCUACUUCUGCAGUCUGAACUCUGAACCGAUGACUGAAUAUAUCAAACUUCAGAAUUUAAGAACCAUCAGCUCACCCUUUGCUGCUAUUAGUUGAGAUUAAUUUAUUGACGAAGAAAACUGUGCUUUGCUUACAUUCAAAAUAAGACUUUCAAAACAGAUAUGCUGUUUUCACAGGCCUCCUACUUGACCACUAAAUACAAUUUUGAGGAGAGGUGUGUUUUUGAGACAGUCUCACUGUGUAACCCAGGCUUACCCCGAACUCACAGCAAUCCUACUGCCUCAGCCUCCUGAGUGCUAGGAUUGUGGGUGUGCACCACCAUGCCUGGCUUAAAGACAGUAUUUUUUGAAUAUGUAUCAAAUGAACUGAUUUUGAAGAAACUGUGCAGUAGUCUAUGUUGAUGGUGCUACAGCAAUGUCAUGUUGGAAUUUCGGCAAAAAUUGAAGAAGAAAACUAGUGUUCAAGAUGUACUGUGGCAUUAAGCAUCAACUUUCAUCAAUUAUCUGCCCAUAAUAUACUAGAAAUCUUCAGCUUUGUGGUCACCAUAGACCACUGUGAAAGACAGUAUAUUCCAUCCCAGUUUGCUUUUGAAGAUCUGAACGCCAUUCAGUGUUUUCUGUUACAUAUUCAAGUUCCUUAGUUGUCAAAGAGAACAGUAUUCAGCUGAUUUAUGAACAGAUCAACCUCAACCUUGGAACACCAGUGAAGAAUAUAUACUUUAAUAUUUCAGGAAUUCAAUUUUCAGCAUAGUUAUAACACACUGAUACUUAAAAUACAGUGACUUUGAAAUGUCAGUAGGCAAACACCAACAUUGCUUAUUCUGAAUUAUUUCAAGCAAAACUUGCCAAAAAAAGUAUGUGUGCAUACUUAAGCAAAGUUACAGUAAAAAAAUGUCUAAUUUCUUGGACAGAGACCAAAUUCGUAAGUGUUAUUUCAAGGAAAAAAAAUUCAGAAUAACUGGGUGAUGGCAGUUUUGGGAGAAAUGUUUCACAGUGAUGUUCGAUCCUCAUUCAAAGAGCUUCAAGAGAAGUUUGGAUUUUUUUAGCUAGAAACUUCCAGACAAAUACUGUAAAGAAACUAGGGUGUAAAAUGUCUGAACAGAUGAGAAGGCUUUAUUACAUUCAUUAUUCCAUUUUCUCUUUGCAUCUGAAAAGCUUUGUUUUUUUCUUUUGGUGUUUCUAACCAGUGUAAAAGUGUUGUUGAAAGCAAUUUUUAUUUUGUUGUAUCUGUUACACCACUGAGGAAAGAUAAGUUUAGGCUUAACAGUGACAUACUCAAGUUCAUAAGUUCGUAACAUCUGAAUAAA